AUGUAGCCAUCAAUUCACUCAAUAUCAACAUCUAGUUUAGACAAAAUCAAUUAUAGAUAAAAGGGUAAAAAUUCAGAUGGAAGAUUGAUUAAAGGUUUUAUAAGAGACGCUUCAUCAAAGAUUAGCGUUGGUUCAAUUCCUUCGAAAUUCGAAACUAUUGUAUACAAUAAUAACAACAAUAAAGCAUUUGGAUCUUCAUAACUUAGGUUUAGUUAAUAAGAUAGUGAUCUUCCUGGACCUGGAUAUUAUGAAGCACCAACAAAUACUACAAUCCUAUUUGGAGAAAAAGAGUCAAUUUCAAAGAAAGGAUAUGGAAACGGAUUUGUUAGUACUGCUGAGAGAAAUACAUUUUAAACUAGAUAUUUAAAUAGCGGACCUGGACCUGGAACCUAUUCUACAGAUGUGAGCUUGAUGAGCAAAGCUUCACAGUCAACAACAAGUUUAAAAGGUUAAUCGAUGUUUCUCUCUAAGCAAAGAAAUACUAAAACUAUGGAAAAUAUCAAUAAAGUUAUAGUGGAAACUCCAGGACCUGGUGAAUAUAACCCUGAAUUACAGAAAAGGGAAAAUACAUAUAAAAGUAGCUUUAUUUCUCGUUCUAACAGAGAAAAGUAUUUAAAUUCCAACCAGAAUCCUGCACCUGGAGAAUAUAAUAUUAAAAGAUAAAUAGUUUAAAAAAAACCUUAUCCUCAUAAGGGAUAUUUAAGCAGUUUUUGUAAUCCUGUAGAAAAACACUAAAAAGCUGAUUAUAUGAAAGAGUUAAUACACUUUUUAGAAAAUGGUAAAAAAAAACUUUUAGUUGGAACAAGUUAACCCAUACCUGAAAUAGAAACAUAACUACCAGCUCCUACAACAUAUGAUCCAAAAAUCCCAAGUUUCAAACCAGAGUAUCCCUUCUAAUAAGCAACUUCUAACUUUAAGGAAGGCGUUAAAGACAGAUUUGGAGAUCUUAAAGAUAGGUCAAAAGAAAAAAAACCUUUCCCAGGUCCAUAAGAGUAUAGAGUAGAAGAUUAUGGAUUCACUAAAGUAGGUUAAGAAGAAGCUUUAGUCUCAGGUUCGGCAUUUAUGUCAGAAAGUGCUAGAAAGCCUUAUGGAGAUUACGAUAGAAAAAUGGGUCCAUCAAGAUCUGUGCCAUAUAUUUUACCAAAAAAGAAAUCCUUCCACCUUAACUUAGGAAGAAAAUUUAUAUGA